AUGUCCGACAGUGAGAAGCUCAACCUGGACUCGAUCAUCGGGCGCCUGCUGGAAGUGCAGGGCUCGCGGCCUGGGAAGAACGUGCAGCUGACGGAGAAUGAGAUCCGCGGCCUGUGCCUCAAAUCCCGGGAGAUCUUCCUGAGCCAGCCCAUCCUGCUGGAGCUGGAGGCGCCCCUCAAGAUCUGCGGUGACAUCCAUGGCCAGUACUACGACCUCCUGCGGCUGUUUGAGUACGGGGGCUUCCCUCCGGAGAGCAACUACCUCUUCCUGGGCGACUACGUAGACCGGGGCAAGCAGUCGCUGGAGACCAUCUGCCUGCUGCUGGCCUACAAGAUCAAGUACCCCGAGAACUUCUUCCUGCUCCGCGGGAACCACGAGUGCGCCAGCAUCAACCGCAUCUACGGCUUCUACGAUGAGUGCAAGCGGCGCUACAACAUUAAACUGUGGAAAACGUUCACCGACUGCUUCAACUGCCUGCCCAUCGCCGCCAUCGUGGACGAGAAGAUCUUCUGCUGCCACGGAGGUCUGUCCCCCGACCUGCAGUCCAUGGAGCAGAUUCGGCGUAUCAUGCGGCCCACAGACGUGCCCGACCAGGGGCUGCUGUGUGACCUGCUGUGGUCCGACCCCGACAAGGACGUGCAGGGCUGGGGCGAGAACGACCGCGGGGUGUCCUUCACCUUUGGGGCCGAGGUGGUGGCCAAGUUCCUGCACAAGCACGACUUGGACCUCAUCUGCCGGGCACACCAGGUGGUCGAGGACGGCUACGAGUUCUUUGCCAAGCGGCAGCUGGUGACGCUCUUCUCAGCUCCCAACUACUGCGGCGAGUUUGACAACGCUGGCGCCAUGAUGAGCGUGGACGAGACGCUCAUGUGCUCCUUCCAGAUCCUCAAGCCCGCCGACAAGAACAAGGGGAAGUACGGGCAGUUCAGCGGCCUGAACCCGGGCGGCCGGCCCAUCACCCCGCCCCGGAACUCCGCCAAAGCCAAGAAGUAG